GGUCACCUUCACUGGCAACCUUUCCCCUCCGCGACAGUUUCCGGAGGAGCCUAGUGCCUGAGCUGCACAGAGAAUUAGAGAGAAGGCAAGAUGGCGGACGUGUUGGAUCUUCAUGAGGCCGGGGGCGAGGAUUUCGCGAUGGAUGAGGAUGGGGACGAGAGCAUCCACAAACUGAAAGAAAAAGCGAAGAAACGAAAGGGCCGUGGCUUUGGCUCCGAAGAGGGGUCUCGAGCGCGGAUGCGUGAAGAUUAUGACAGCGUGGAGCAGGAUGGCGAUGAACCCGGACCACAACGCUCUGUUGAAGGUUGGAUUCUCUUUGUCACUGGAGUCCAUGAGGAAGCCACGGAAGAAGAUAUCCAUGAUAAAUUUGCGGAGUAUGGGGAAAUAAAAAACAUCCACCUCAACCUGGACAGGCGUACGGGAUAUCUAAAGGGGUAUACUCUAGUUGAGUAUGAAACAUACAAGGAGGCCCAGGCUGCUAUGGAGGGGCUCAAUGGUCAGGAUUUGAUGGGACAGCCGAUCAGCGUGGACUGGUGUUUUGUUCGGGGUCCACCCAAGGGCAAGAGGAGAGGUGGCCGAAGACGCAGCAGGAGUCCAGACCGGAGGCGUCGUUGACCCAUCCUCUGUUGUGUUGUCCGGCGAUUCCAUUUGACCAUGUAGACUGGAAGAAAUGGGGCUGGUGCAGCACUGUUUAUAUUUAAUCUCUUACCUUGCCUGCUUAGUAUUUUUUUGAGUUAUGAAUAAAUGGCCUGUUUUUGUUUUCUACAUUUAAAAUUACUUUUCUAACAUUGCAAGCUUUGAAGCACUGUUUACAGUAAGGUAGCAUGGGUCACUGUGAAGAUAGUUCUCCCAGGAACUGAAUUCUUUGUGAAUUUCUACAUUAGAUGUAGUCUUAAGUCUUAGCUAGCAUCAAGGUAGAGAUACUGCUCAGUAUUUAUUUUUCUUGGAAGCUAAGAGAGCAAGGGUAGAUGAUGUCCUCAUGAUAUCAAAAAAUAAUUAUUCUGUUCCUAUAUACUAUGUCCUAAAGCAAAUGGAUGUCAUAGGAAUGUCUCUUUUGUUUCUCCUGCCUUUCUUGCCGCCGCAUUUGUUUUUACUUCCAUCUGUCUAAGGGCUUGACUUUCCUGUUGGUGCAUUCUCCCAGACCCUCCUUCCCUGGAGGAGUCACUGCUGAGUUCUUGGUGCCUUCUUCGGCAGCCAAGGGUGAAGGCCCCAUAGAGGAGAGGAUCCAGAGGAGCAUUGAGGAGGCCAAAGAGGAAAAGGAUAUGGCUGAGGCUGGGAGGCACUUCAGUUAGCAUGGUGGGAGAGAACCAGUACCAAAGACCCAGCAGGUAAUAAGGUGUCCAGCAGAGGACGAAGGUCAGCAACACAAGCAGGGCCAGUCGCAGGGCCCGAAGACGAACACGAGGGCGAUUAUCUAAGGAGCGACGGAGGGUAAAUUCACCGGCAGGGGCUGGGAAUUUAGAAAAUAACACCCAAGUUCAGAACCACUCAGCUUCUGAAUUGAUGGAAGGGUAGAAAUAGUGAAGCAGACCUCUCCCCCUACAGACUGGGACUAUAUGGACUAUAUGGUCUCCUCCCACCAGGGAUUAUGACAGACAUGCUGGAAAAAAGUUUUUUAAAAAAGUUUUGACCAAGGUGCUGUGUUACAUGAAGCUAUUUGAAGUCUACUUGAAGACUUGUUGGUGUCCAGGAGCAAAGGAGAAUACUGAUCACCUUUCUCCUUAAUUCUUGCCCAGCUGACUCAAGAGAAUGAUGGCUAGUGACUGGUUAGAAUUGAAGGCAUUCUAUAAAAUGUGCAGCAUCAGGUGCUAGAGAUAUGGUAAGUAUCUCACUUUUGGUUUGAUAGAUAGUUAAUCCAAUUAAUGAGGUUAGAGGCAAUAGCUUUAGGGUAUGGGUUAGGGCCUGGGGGUUGGGGUCUCACCAUCAUUCCCCUUCCUUGUCCGGGGACUGGACACACUGAGGACAAUGCGGCUAUAGCAGAUGGUCAUGACAGUCAGUGGCAGCAGAAAAAGGCAGCAGAAGGUGAAGAGGUUAUAGGUGGUCUCUUGCCAUUGAGCCUUGAAGCUGCCUUUGGUCACACACUGGGUGAAGGGGACUGGACCAGCUCGGCGGACAGUAUGAAACAGGAACAGCUGGAGUGGAGUUGAGGACUAUUAGAACUGGUCCCCCUUCACCCUCCUUGGCCAACCUACCCACCAAUUCAACACUGUCUCUUCCAAUAUCAUUCGUAAUUCUCUGGAGUGCUGAGUAAUGGUACAUCUACAGUGCCAUAUUUAGAAGUUUAGAGAUGUAUCUUGAAAUCCCUAUCUUUCCCUUAGGCAAUGUUAAGUCUGGGACUUGAAUCCUGCCUUCUCAAGUACUCUUUUGACAUUGCACUUUAUAAAAGGAUAUCUUCACCACCUCACCAACAUUUUUAGUCGAAAUGAUUUUCCUAAUCUGUGAUUAAUUCUGUGGGGAAAAAACAUCUUGUAUAAAAUGGGUGGUGCUAAAAUUUCAGGCCAUUUUGCAGCCCCCUGUAAAGUGACCUUUAGUAAUAGUUAUGUGUACAAUAACUAUAAUGGUGAAACAAUGUAAUAAAGUUUUAAGAUUUUCCAAA